AUGGUACAAUGGAUCAAAGAUUUGCGCGAUCCGCAAGAUAUUUACGCCGCGCAAUUGCCUCUCCUCAAACUCAUGGCCUGGACCGGAAUUAUUCCCGCCAAACUCAAGGGCAAGCCAGGAAAUCGUCGUUUGGUGACGACUUGGUUCGAUUUUCUCAACACUUUUGUCCACAUCAUCUUUUUUGUCGUUUGUUACACGUACGCCAUCCGGCAUCAUUGCUCCAUUGUCGGACAAUUCUUCAAAAAUGACAUCACGGUGAUGGGAGACCGCCUUCAGCUGGUGGCACAAGUCUUCACAACAAUGGCCACUUAUGGACUGAGUGCCUUUCGACGUGAAAAAUUCUUCACGAUUAUCCAGAAAAUGGCGGAAGUCGAUAAUUUUGCAGCGGAAAUUGGCAUCAAUGUGGACUACAAGAGCACUCAGCGGUUCAUUUGGUUCUUUUUGGUGUACAAAACGGCCCAAAAUGUCUUUUACGUGUUAAUGACACUCGGGAUUUUUUGGAAGGAGAAUAUUUAUAUUUCGCUCGAUGUGUGGGUUUCGUUCUUUUUUCCGCUAAUUCUCAUUUCGUUGCUCGUUUCGCUCUACAUCUGCAUCAUGAGUCAAAUUAAGCAUCGAUUUUACUUGCUGAACCGGAUUUUGUCGUGUCGAGCGAAUGUUUGUCCUUUAAGCAAGGGACACUCAAAGGACGUAGUUUUCAUCCGAAAGCGUUCUUUUGGUAUCUCCUCAAAUAUGACAAAGUCGCAUUACAUGACGAUGACUCACGAGCAAAUUUUGCAAAUCGCCGCGCAGAUCCAUCAUGCCCUCGCUGACAUUUGUGAAGCAGCUGAAAAAUAUUUUUCUUUGAAAAUGUUGACAAUUAUUACGAUCGCCUUUGUAAUCAUUAUUUUCAACAGUUACUACAUCCUGGAGUUGGUGGUGACGUCAACAACGCAAAAACUGACAAUGGGCAUGUACGACUUCAUCGGAUUCUUUUCCUACCAAAUUAUUAUUUACUCCAUGUCGAUAAUUUGCAUCGUUCAAACGAGUUCGUCGGUCGUGCAACAAAGCGAGGAGUUGGGCGUUUGGGUGCACAAAAUACUGAACCAAGGAGCGACGGUGCUCACGGAUACCGUAAGGAUGAUGCUAAUACAAUUUUCGUUGCAACUAACUCACAGGAGGAUAAAAUUUACAGCUUGUGGCCUUUUUGAGCUCGAUAAGCGACUUUUGUUCACAAUCAUUGGAACUUUAACAACUUACCUUGUCAUUUUAAUUCAAUUUUCCAUAUCUGGCAUUCAAAAGUCUGAUCGAAGAGUCGUCGCAAAUUCAUCUCUCGAAGCAACUUUGCAAGAAUUUGCUGAAAUGACGUCGACACUGCUCUCAGUGUUCUCCAACAAUUCCGUCUUUUAUGGCAAAUGCAGCCAAGAGGAGUGUCUUUCUCUUAAUAACUUUAGUGUUAAUGCAUAA